AUGCCGCGUAAAGACGACGAUUUUGACGAUUUUGAAGAGGAGGAGGUCGAAGAGGAGGAGGUCGAGGAAGAGGAGGUCGAGGAAGAAGAGGAAGAGGAGGAGGAAGAGGAGCCUGAGGACGAUCUGGAGGAAGUUGAUAUUGAGGAGAUGGGAGUCCGUAACGAGUCCGAGGAAGAGGAGGAGGAGCGCGAGGAUGUUUGGAAAAACGGACCUCAUCCCGUGGACCAGGAAGUGAACCCUGAGAAGUGCUACAUCCACUCCUACACAAAGGAGGGUGUGGGCCGCUUCAUGAAGAAGACCAAGCUGAAGAUUACCUGGGAGCUUGUUAUUGAGGGCGAGGAACACACGAUCGCUGUGUACCACAGCCAGCUUUCUGGAAAGAAGGUGGUUCUUCUUGAUGGAGAUACCGAGUACGAAGAGAAUGAAUUCUUCGAUGCUGGUUUGGACUUCACGUUCCCGUUCCGUAUCGAGGGUCGUGAAGUGGCUGUGCUGAUUUCGGAUGCUACCUUGGAAGGAAGAAUUGGCUGGGACUACGAUAUUCUGAUUGACGGAGUCUCCCUCACCGAGUUGAACGAGAAGCGAUCGAUGGGUGCUAGUGGUAGUUACGAGGAGGAUGAGGAGUUGUUUAACUAAUAAGGAAUAAUUGUUAAUGUUUCUGCUAAUUGCGUUAAGGUAAAUAUAUUUA